ACCCCACCAGCCAGUCCCCACUCUCUCCAUUCACGCGAAACAAAACAGCAAUGGAAUCUACUAUCGUAUACCCCCGAGUGACAAUCCAGUACUGUACUCAAUGCAAAUGGCUUCUCCGCGCCGCAUAUUUUGCACAAGAGCUACUCUCCACAUUCUCGACUUCGCUAGGUGAAGUCUCGCUCCAACCCUCGACCGGAGGAACCUUCGUGGUGAACAUCUACCACAAAGAAGACACUUCCUCGAGCGAGGUGACGACUACGAAUUUGUGGGAUCGUAAGACAGAGGGUGGCUUUCCGGAGACGAAGCUGCUAAAGCAACGGGUCAGGAAUGUGAUCGACCCGGGACGAGACCUGGGGCAUGUAGACGGGAGGAAGGCCAUCAAGGAGGGCACUACUGCUUCGGCUUCAGCUCCGGCACAAGAGGGACACCAGGCCGAGAAAUCCGGUGCUACGGCGUGCGUUCCGAAAGACGGUGCAAAGGAGGUUUGCGAAGACUGUCAAUGAGAUUGGCUGUGAGUGUCGUUGUGUACGUCAAGUCUGUAGAAUAUCAAUCCUUCAAACGAGUUCGUGAUCCAGA